AUGGAUUACCCUUUAAGAAUGGAACAGUUUAGGAAUGCCAAUGCAGACUCUGCAGCCACUUGCCAGAAACUGAAGGGAGAUCUGCAGGCUGUGUUCAAUGUUCUUCCGAAAGAUAUGCAGCAGCUUCUGCUAAUGAACCCUCAGAGGGCAGCUCUUCUACAAGGAAGUCAUGAAUGGGCAAAACUCCCGGGGCAUCCUCUUCUACAAGUUGGGGUGGUUUCUUCUACUUCGCCCAGAUGA